CUGAAUAUCCAUUCCAAGCCAGUCUUCUCACUCCAGUCCGUCCUUACAGUCUCAAAUCUUCGAUUCAACUAACAAAUCAAAUAUGUUUUCUUCUACUCUGACCCUGGCAGCUGUUGCCAGCUUUCUUCCAUCCGUCUUUGCUGGCUUCGACGCUUCCAAAGUAAACAAUGUUGCCGUAUACUGGGGCCAAAACUCACUAGGCCAAGCAACUUCGCAGACGCGCCUAGCCGACUACUGCUCAAACACUAAGAUUAACAUCAUCCCACUGUCCUUUAUGAACGCCAUCUCAACGCCUACCGUGAACUUUGCCAAUGCCGGCGACAACUGCACUGCGUAUCCCGGCACUUCGCUUUUGAACUGCCCCCAGCUUGAGGCGGAUAUCAAGACAUGCCAAGCCCAGGGAAAGACGAUCAUCCUUUCACUCGGAGGUGCGACGUACACCGAAGGCGGCUUCUCAUCUUCCUCUGCAGCUGAGACCGCGGCCCAAAAUAUCUGGAACCUUUUUGGCCCGGACACCACCCAGGCGAACCGACCUUUCCGUACUGCCGUCGUCGAUGGCUUCGAUUUCGACCUCGAGUCCACGAACCAGAACUUCGCGCCUUUCGCCACUAAGCUGCGCUCGCUGAUGAACGCCGACAGCAGCAAGACCUACUACCUUUCUGCCGCGCCCCAGUGCCCGUACCCCGACGCCGCGGACAACGACAUGCUGAACGGCGUGGUCCCAUUCGACUUCAUCAUGAUCCAGUUCUACAACAACUACUGCGGUGUCUCAUCGUACGUGGCCGGCUCCACGACCCAGAACAACUUCAACUUCGCGACCUGGGACGACUGGGCGAAGAACACCAGCAAGAACAAGAACGUCAAGAUCCUCCUCGGUGUCCCCGCUAACACUGGCGCUGGCGGCGGCUACGUCGAUGCUACCACCCUUGCCGGUGUCAUCUCGUACUCGAAGAAGUUCUCUAGCUUCGGCGGUGUCAUGAUGUGGGAUAUGUCGCAGCUGUACGCUAACUCGGGCUUCCUCGACUCCGUCUACUCCUCCCUGUCCGGCUCCAGCUCCAAGGCCAGGGCCGUCACCACCUUGGUCAAGAAGGCCAAGCCUGCUCCUACCCAGGUUGCUUAGAUUGCCUAGUUAGUGGGCAGUGAGUGAGUCUCCUUGCUUCGACCCAGUGCUAGCUAAGCCUACCUGCUAACGUGGAUAAUCAUAGAUGAACAAUCGUUAGCUAUCGAACGCUCGUUUCUUUCCAAAAGUAACUGGUGGUUUUCUUGUGAAUAGGCUGUUGCCACCGAAGACCAUCACGUUUCCUUACUUAUCAACGAUGGCAUAGCGAUGGAUAUUGAUGUUUUAUGGGAUUCCGUGACAUUCGUGUAUAUAUUUUUCUCUUCGUGUAUAUAUCGAGACCGGCAGAUAUGGGAGGAACCCAGGCCGCCAAUUUUAUCUACAUUUUAUCAUAA